ACUGUAACGCUUACGUCUGCUCCAAAAUAUUAUCCGAGGGGGCCACGAAACGGCAGAAAUGAUGCAUUGGCAUUUUUGCUUUCGCAUUUUUUUGACUUAACUCACUGUUGUUGCUUUUAUUUUUCUGUCAUUCUGUUGCUGUAUAAAAAUUGAAUUUUGCCCGGCAGCUGAAAAACGCACGUAAUCUCGAACGGAAACCACGGAAGCUGUCAUAGGCGGCACCGUUGUCGUCAUCAACAAUUGAGUAAUUCGGCAAUAGUCGAGACAUUCUGCAAGCGGCAUACAAAACAACAAUACAAAAACCACAUAACGAUAUUGAGCAUAGGCCGUAGCUUAUACAUUGGAAUGGGAGUCAAGUUUCGGAUCAACGCCUAAAAACAAACAAAACUAAGCUGCAACAAUGAUUUUAAUUUAAGCUAAACGCAUAGUUUAAGCAACGAAAGCAUCAUAGUCAUUGUUUUGUGUGCAGUCAUAGCAUUGCCGAAUUCGAGCUGGAAGUGAACGAAGUUGAAGUGUGAAAGGAAAGUGAGCUGCUUGCUAAUAAUAAAUAUUGAAGUGAUAGAGCACAACACAAUAAGAUGGGCGCUAUAUUGGCCAAGUUCAGGAAAGAAAAGUCCACUGCAGAGGUACUCGAGGGACUGGAGGAGAAAAUCACGCAAAUAGAAAAAUAUACAUUGAAUACACAGGAGCAGAAACGACGUAUUGUAGGGAAUUUUCUUGCUACAUCAAUUGGCAUUUAUGUGAUCGCAUUUAUUGUUUUCUACUUUGUAUACUUUCCGCCGACAUGGCGAGAGCGUAUCGUUUACUCAGUGCCAUUACUUUUGUUUCCAAUCAUUAUAAUAUUCCUGCGUCGUCUAUUUACGUGGUAUUUUGAAAGAAAGUUGAAUAAAAACUCCAAUAAGCUGACAGCAUUGCAUACCGAGAAAAAGAAAAUAUUAGAGCAGGUCAUGGAUAAGGAGACUUACAAGGUUGCAGUAAAAUUGCUAGCCAAGUAUGGCGACAAAACGAAUAGUCAGAAACCACUGUUCGCUGCCACGCCACGUCCGCCGGCAGUGAGUAGCUUGAGCGCAACAACUCAACGCCUCGCCAUUGGACAAUCUCCAAAUGUGCCCGUAACCACAGGCAGUCUACAAGAUCUACGUUUGCGUCCAACCUUAAGUUCCACUUCGCUUUCGGCUACACCACGUCAGCUCUCUGGCAUACGUAGUUCACCUGCCGCGCCAUUAGCAGGCAGUCAAGCGCUAUUACCACGUGCACCCUUACCGAUUACACCACAAAGACGACCGUUGGGACAAGAAUUACGCAAGCGUACACCUUUUCCAAUCGUUAAUCAGCAGGGCAAGGGUGUAUUGGAACGUAUUGUUGAUGUACUUAUUGGAGAUGGGCCAAAGGACCGUUUUGCUAUGAUUUGUAAAGAGUGCUUUGCGCAUAACGGUAUGGCACUCAAAGAAGACUUUGAUUACACCACAUUUCGUUGUGCUUUUUGCAAUGCGCUAAAUCCGGCACGUAAAGCACGCCCGGUUGCACCGCGUUUGCCGGAGCAGCCUUACUCACCACUCAAGCGUGACUCGAACUCAUCAUCAUCGACACCGACGGACAUUGACUCCGAAAAUGAUGAAGCUGUCGGUGCAGUACCAACACCAACACCAUCAACAACAACAAUGCCACGCAUACAACUAACUGAAGCAAUCACGACACCCUUAAAAGCACCAGCAACAGCGUAUGAAGAUACACCGGUUGGUGUGCGUCGUCAAGCGGAAAUUGGCGCCGGCGAUGGCCCUGGUGUAACAACGGGUGAAUGUGUCGCCGAUGCGGCCGGUGUGGAGAAGAUGGAAAUCGAGAAGGAUGAUGAGGAACAACAACAAAACGAAGCAAUUGCAGCUGAAGCUGUUGCCAAUUUGCAGGCGCUACAUGCCGCUGAAGCGAAUGAGUUGAGUAGACUGCAAGAGCGUUUCGCCCAAAUGUAUGCAACAACUGCAAACGAGCAGGAUGAGGAGGAACAACAGCAGGCCGUAAGCGAAGCUGAUGCCGUUGAAGAUGUGCAGCAGCCAUCGGCGGAGGAACUUGAUGAAUUUAAGAAAUUGAAAUAACACUAAUUAGUUACAGUUAAUUAGUGGCUGGGUCUGGCAAUGGAGUGGUUGAUCAUCGGAUGCGGGUUAAUUAGGCACGCCUUGGUUUUGCGUCGGUCUCUGGAGCGGCGUAAAUCGUUACACAUUACGCUUGUGGAGUCUUGUUAAAUAUUUAUAAAAAAAAAAAAACACAAAAACAACACUACACUUUAAUUAAAUUAAACGAUUUUAAUUUGAUAUACUUUUAAUAUCUUUUUUCAUAUGUUUUAAAUAUUUUUU